AUGGUGGUUUCCUCUUCGUCAAAGGCUGCCAAUUGUUGCAGUUCGCUGGUGUUGAUGCCCAGCUUUGGAUCCACAGAAACUGCUGUGCCAAACUCCAGGUCUCUUAGAGACUUGGACACUCCGCAGAUUAUCUUUUUGAUAAUGCUGAAAUCGCCAAGCAACAACGCCUGGAUGAUGAAUUGCGGAUGCAACGAGUGCGAGUCGAAACCAACGGCCAAAAUUCCCUGGUUGAAGUUUGUGCACGUCCAGUCGAUGUCUUUGAUCUGCUCUGUUUCAAACGUCUCUGAGUACUCCAAAGUGCCGAGUCUUGUGUCCCAGAUGUACAGCUGGUCGGAGUUCUCGCUCACGAUUGCGAGACGGUGGAUCGAGGAGCCGUUGAGGAACCGGGCUUUGCAAAUGCCAGUGGAGAACUCCCGUUUCAGAAUCCACGAGAUCUCGCCGUUUUCCAGCCGUGUCGAUCGAAGCACACCAGCGAGUCUUCCAGAGACAGUUUUCCCCGAACCGGGUGGUGGACAGAACAACAGACCCGUCUGCCGAGCGGAUGAGUUUGCGGAUGGACUUGUUGAGCCCCGUGAACUUGUGCUGGAGCUCGCCAAUGGUCACCUUGGUGGAGAUGGAGCUGGCGAUCUCGAGCUCCUCAAACUGGAACAGCGACGAGAACGACACUCCGACGUGUCUGAUGGAGUUCUUGAACAGAUCGUGGAUGAUCAGCGACAACGACAUGUCGUCCGGGGUUUUAGUGAGCUGGACGUCCUGCACAAAGACGGCCUGACAGUCGCUGGGAAUACAGUUUUUCCCGAGCUGGAUGGACGCUCUUGUGAGUCCGCCGUGCGAGUUGACCACGCCGUCGAGCUUGCCGACGUUGAUCUUGCCGUCGGACCCCACCAAUGUAUAUAUUUCUGCACGGCCUUGUCUGUCGAACACGAGACAGAUUUCCGGACUGGUAGCCAGCAGUUGUGCCAGAUGGCUUUGUCUGCGGUGGUACAGACUCAGCGUAGACCCGCUGCGGCUUCUGGGAACCUCUGUGUCUCGUGCCGGGGCUGCUAUGCGUGGAUGGGACUCGUGGAGCUCGAGUUUGUCCAGAACGUUGCGGAUGCCCAAAUCAACGGUCUGACUGUCCACCACUGCCACGAAGCUGUCAACAGGGAGCUGCACAAGGCCGCUGCACACAACCGUGAACCCUGUGUCGCGGUAGUACAUAGAGAACACGCGCAACGCGGAGUCGUCCCCGUAGACCGUGCCUGCUUUCCAAUGGAGCAGCGACACGUGAGCGGCAACGGCGACGUAGUUGAGCUCGAACUCGGCAGAUUCGAUGCCAAAAGCUACACGGUGCCAGACCUUGACCAGACGGUCGCCGUAGCCGGUGGUGGCGAUCGUGGACGAGUUGGGCGAGAACCGCGCCAUUCCCUGGACAAGUACAGGGUCUGGAGAUGCUGGAAGUUUUUCGUCACAAUGACCAGACUGUUGCCCGAGCAGUACGCGAGGAUCUGGACGUCGUUCCAAUUGACGAACGCGCUGCUGUGCGGCGUGCGGUUGGGCUCGCCGGGCACAAAGUUGAGACUCAUGGCAAGACGGUGUGAGGAUUGGUUAUUUAAUUUGAAAAUUUAUCUAUCUGCACAAGAACCAUGGUGGCAAGGUAAGUGGCCGCACCAACGGCGAAUAUCUAACACACAUAGUUGUAAAGACCAGUUGAAACAGGUGGCGAUCUGUCUGCAGCGGUCGCCGUGCGUGAUGAUCGAGCGCAACAAGCCCAAAGAGUGUCUGACGAACCCAGAGCUGGCCAAGGACUUGCCCGAGCUGUGUAAGGCGCAGCUGGCCACGUUUCUGGAGUGCAAGCGCGGUAUCGUGGACAUGCGCAAACGGAUCCGCGGAAACGGAACGCUCAGCACGGGCAGGUACGACGAGCAGUACGAGAAACUGUCGUCGGGCAAUUUCGACCCUGCAGAGGAGAUGAACAAGCUCAAGAAACUCGACUCCGCCGUCAAACAGUGA